AUGGUAAUGGCCGGCGUUUACGAACCUCCUCGGCUGCGGGCCUCAACCGCCUGCGUGGCAUGCAAUAAGAAGAAGGUACGGUGUAUUUUUGGGGAAAAUGAUAAUAAAUGUCGGAACUGUCUCCGACACCAAUGGCCGUGCUUCCAGCGCGCACCAAAACGCAGAGGGCGACAACCUGGAUAUGCGAGACGGGAAGGGAGAAAGCAAUUAACACCUCCCGAUGCACAAGUGUCUCCAGAAGCCAGUUCGAUCCUCUUGAGCGCGGCGCAAGAGAUCACUCCUCCAACUACAACUUGGUCGCUUGCUUCAGAAACAGCAUUGAAAGAUUACGAUGCCAGGCCGGCACGAAGCAACGUGGACGGAAUAUGGAAUCCAUACACAUCAAUAACCGCAACUGGUGGCUUUAUGGAACGGAAUGAUUACUUUCGCGACACGGAUUCGAUAACUAAUGACGAGGGGGCACUGCCGAUUUCACCCGCGGAGACACUAUCAGAGGAUGAUGUGCAAUUGCUGCGCCUUCAACGCGCCUUUGAUAUACCGCCGCGGGCUGUGCGAGAGAGCCUUAUCGAUACAUUCAUGAAGCGCUGCGCACCAUGGAUGCCGAUCGUGGAGCGCAGCUGGCUGCAGGAUAUCGACAACAAUACGCCGUCGAUUUUGCUCCUUCAGGCUGUUUUUCUCGCCGCCAGCCGAGUAACCUCAGCUCCAGCGGUGGCAUCGUACGCAUCAUCACACGAAUUCUAUCGCCGAGCAAAGGCGCUCUUUUAUUCGGGAUGGGAGAAGAACCCGCUGACUGUAGUGGCGGCGGUGUGCGUUUUGCAUUGGUACAAUCCCGAAUGCCCAGAACAUGUUUCAACGAAUACAAGCAGCUUUUGGCGAUAUGUAGGCAUUGGGUUGGCACAUCAGAUAGGUCUUCACAAGGAGCCGUCAAAUACCGAAGGAAAAGCUUUACGGCGACGGCUAUGGUGGAGCUUAUUUGCAAGGGACUGCUUGAUAUCUGCUGGACAGGGCAGACCACUCGCAGUCAAUCUCUGCGACAGUGAACUAGCGCCACCACGUAUAGAAGACUUUCGGGAUUCGAGCCAUAGGCCCGAUCUGUUCAUCUCAUACGUGGAAAUUUGUUCUAUCCUUGGUCAUUUGACCCAGUGCUGCCGGAGGGACUCCCUGACGCGUCGCACAAGGCAAUCGGUUAGCAAGUCCCUCCAGCGAUGGAUUCAUGGACUACCACAGUCGUUGCGACUUUUUACCAGUGUAGAUCUCGAUUCUGAGGUGUCCAGUGCCGAGAAGCCUCUUUCGCCCUACAAUUUUGAGGCGAGACAACUUCACGUUCCAUAUUUCGUUUGCCUGAUAAUUCUCUGUCGGUCGCCGUCGGCGCACUAUGCCCCGUCAGCUGCGGCCAUUCUUGCAUCCGCCUACGUCGUUGCAAUCUUUGAAGACUUUCUUGCUCGUGAUGAGAUCCAGUAUCUGGGAUCGAUAUUUACGUUUUAUCUUCUGGCUACCGGCAUUGGAAUGCUAUCAUGCAGAAGAAUUCCACUCUUGUGGUCAAAGGCUGCGCCAGGAAUGCAGACAAUAGAUUCGUCCCUUGAACAGCUCGCCAAACGGUGGCCGUCAGCGAUGGCACCCCUCAGAGUCUUGAGAACCAUUUCCGACAAACAGCAGACUUUGCCAGCUGCUGAUACCCAUGUUGUUGAGGCACCCAGUCUUCCGGAUGAACAUCAGGUAUUUUUUGAUACACUUGGGCCUGGUCUCACCUGGGCCUGGGAAGUCUUCAUGCGUUCGACGACGCACAACGGCAGUGCUGGAGUAGAAGAUACUGGGUCCAUAGGGCACCGGGGGAGCCAGGGACCCCUGGCCCCAGUAUCCUCGCGCACGCGUGGGAAUGCUACGGCAAUGGUGGACAGCCUGCCAGCUGGUGGUCUAUUUGAUCCAGUCAGCGACUUGCCCGAGCUUAACAGCCAAAACGCGUUAGAUGACGGGCUCUUUCAGUUACAGUAUGAUGGAAUCGGAGACUGGCUGCUCAACGACUGCGAUAUAUACGGCGAUAUCAUGAUUUAG